CGCUAGGACCUGCAAACCCGAGACAGGCAGAGCGCAACAUACCGGGAGGAAGAUUUGCUGUCUGUAGACAUAAGUUUCUCUAUGUACCCUAAAGUGCAUGAUUUUCUGUAAAUUGGCACUGUCAUUAAGUGUUUAUCGGAAGGCAUCACUCGUUAAUUAGACGUAAUCUAAUGUUUAUGAAGUGAAGCAUUCGAAACAGAAAUGUUUUGCAAUCGUCUUGUGGUUGAUAAAGUAAAGUGUUGUGCACUGUAACUGUAACAAGUGCAACAAAUUUACACCAUUUCAGUGACACCCGAUGUGCACAUCUCACGCAUUAAUUUGAUUCUUGUAAGGUGACAGAAAGACAAUUGGGAGAAUUUCUCCAUGCAGCUUGUGUAAAUUCUGUGUACAGAAUGGGCUUUUGGUGAAGGCACUACGAGGAUGAAUGUCUCGAUACAUAUGGCACUAGCAAUUUGGAAUAAAAAGUCGACAGAAAAGUGCGAAAUGUGAGCACGUCAAGUCAGAAUUCUUGCGGAAUUUAACUGUGUCUCUUAAUACUUUCUGGAAACAUGGCAUCAGGCGGCACGGCACCGGUAACGAAAAGAGCUGCCAGAAUUUACGACCUGCCGGACGAGAUCUUACUGGAAAUCUUUUCUUACCUGUCGCCGGACGACAUGGCGCGGAGCACGCAGGUGUGCGUGAAGUGGCACAGCAUACUGAAACAGGAGGAGCAGCUGUGGAGGCGUAAGGUGUGGAGCAGCAACAGCGUGGACGCGAUGCAAGAGUUCCUGGCGGCCGGCAGCGGCAUUCCCCGCCUGCGGACCCUCCGGCUACUCUACGACAGCGAAUACAGGAUCCGCGUCGCCUGGCCCGAAGUUACGCUCCACCUGUGUGUCGCCACUCCCUUCCUGCUGGAGCCAUACUUGCGUUCCUUCGACACCGAAAGUCUGGUGGUGAGCGGCGAGUCGGAUCACCGCGGAGAGUAGUUCGGAGUACCCGAACGAGAUCCGCGUCGCCGAGCGGCACCUCGAGUACCGCCGGUCCCUUCAGGGGCCGUUUCCCGCCGACCCCGGCGGCGCGCCCCGCAGCUUCCCGGUACCGAACUACGGCCGUGCUGCGCCGCCGUGACGGCGGCUCGAGUUUCGAGGGCGAGCGUCUCGGAGACGGAGAGGUCGGGAGCCUCGGAGGAGGACACGGACGGCGGCGCGGCGCGCUCGGCACCGGACGUGCACUGCGAGAUGCUACGGCGGCAGUCGUCGGUCGAGCCGUGCGGCACGGCCCGCCGAGUGUCUCGCACGUAGAGAGCCGCGGGCUGCGCGACCGUCGGGUGCCGUGCGGCCCCGGCUCCCGACCGGAGGAGUCGGCCGUGGCCGACUGCAGUGCCGGGUCUGGAGCUGUGCGGGACCGUCACUGUGGGCACUCCGUCUGGGCGAGUGGCAGCUGCGGGAGUCGGUGACGGGGGACCUUACGGCAGACCUGCCCCACCUUCGCACACUUAAGCUCGACAGGCGAAAGCUACUCUUGUCUAGUUGACAACUUCCCGCUGUGCUCCCGUUCCUUCCCUCGGAGCUCUGCUCCUAAAAUGUAGCUAACAGUAAUUAAUUGAAUACGUUUUUAGCAUCGUACUGUUCCAAAUUUUUGAUGACCCUUUUGCUGUGUAAGAUUACAAUGUUAGAUCUCUCAAAAUUGAUGUUGGUGCUUUUUGCAACAUUUAUAAAGUAGUAUUUGUGCUGCUUCAAUCCCUCAAAAGGCAUUCCAUAUUUUAAAAUAGAUUCAUAGUAGGCCUAGUUGUGGUAAUCAAUUUUUAUGAUGUCGAUCUGAAUGCUAUAUGUGCAGUUCGGUCCCCUCUACUGGAAGCUGUGGACAUUAAUGUAGUCUUACACUGCAUAUAAUUUUCCAAUACUAAUAGAUGUAAUAAUUGUAGUUUAUUAAGAACAACUAAAGUUAGCAUUCAUCACUAGUCUUAGAAUGUAAGAAAAAGUAAAAAGUUCGGUGGAGAUGGUACACGUGCUGCUUGUGGCUUUUACUCUGCAAGCAAUUGUGGAAUUAGUUGCCAUGGAAAUAAAGUAAAGUGUUAGUUUUUUCUGCUUUUCUUGUUGUCCAUCUGACUGUAUAGAUUAUGGAUGUAAAAUAUUCCAUGCUUGUGUAUAAACGCUAUAGUUCUUAUUACUUAAAUGUGAAAAAAAUGGAAAGUCUCGCAAGGAAAGUAUUAUGAAAACGGUAGAUCACUGCUCACCGUAAGGAAGAAACAUCGAGUUGCAGACAGGCGUGACGAAAAUACUGUUCACGAGAGCUAUUGGGCGUAGCCUUCUUUGGAAUACUUCCACCCCCACCCACAACCCCUUCCCCCGUCUCCCGACGCUGCUCGUGGCAGCCUCCUCUACUCCCAGAACACUCCACCAGACAGUGCAGAGUCCCCAGCUGCACCCUGCUAUCCCUAAACCUUCCGUGCCCCACUCCAGAUUAUUGCUCCUGUUUGAUGCAUUUCUACAUCCCAUCUACACUGAUACUCCACAAUCCCCUUACGACGCACGGCAGAGGGUAUCCUGUUCCACUACUAGAUAUUUCCGUUUUUUUUUUCCAAUAGAACAAUGUAAAAACUGUCUUCAUGCUUCCACAUGAACCCUAAUUUCUCAUAUCUUAUCUUUGUGAUCCUUAUGCACAGUAUAUGUUGGAGGCAACAGAAUUUUUCUGCAGUCG